CUCCGCAUCCGUGCGGGGGAGCGGACGGUCCGGCGCUGAAUGGGCGCGAGCGCGGCGCCGGGGACGGGCGGGGGCGCGGGGCCCGGGACUGGUGGCCGGCCGGCGCCCCCUCCCUAGCAUGCGGACGAAGGCGGCGGGCGGCGCGGAGCGGCGUCCCCUGCAGCUGCGAACAGAGUCGGUGGCGGCGGCACCUGCCGGCCGAGGUGACUUGACGUGGGCAUGCAUUCAUUAUACGCGGUUAGUGUCAAUGCCCAGUGAGUAUAACUGUGUGAAACUGAGAAGUGAUCGCUCGAGACCCUCUCUGCAAUGGUACUCCCGAGCUCAGAACAAGAUGAGGAGACCCAACUUGAUACUUAAAGACAUCCUCAAGUGUACAUUGCUUGUGUUUGGAGUGUGGAUCCUUUAUAUUCUCAAGUUAAAUUAUACUACUGAAGAAUGUGACAUGAAAAAAAUGCAUUAUGUGGACCCGGACCGUGUAAAGAGAGCUCAGAAGUAUGCUCAGCAAGUCUUGCGAAAGGAGUGCCGACCCAAGUUCGCGAAGAAGUCCAUGGCCCGGUUGUUUGAGCACAGGUACAGCCCAGAUUUACCACCUUUCGUGAAGGAGGUCCCCAAGGUGAACGAAGCCGAGUACAAGUAUGAUCCGCCUUUUGGUUUCCGGAAGUUCUCCAGUCAAGUCCAGACCCUCUUGGAGAUACUGCCUGAGCAUGACCUGCCUGAACACUUGCGAGCCAAGAGCUGUAGGCGUUGUGUGGUUAUUGGAAGUGGCGGAAUCCUCCAUGGACUAGCGCUGGGCCAUGCCCUGAACCAGUUCGAUGUCGUGAUAAGGUUAAACAGUGCACCAGUUGAAGGAUAUUCUGAGCAUGUUGGUAAUAAAACUACUAUCAGGAUGACUUAUCCAGAGGGCGCGCCACUGUCUGACCUUGAAUAUUAUUCCAAUGACUUGUUUGUUGCUGUUUUAUUUAAGAGUGUUGACUUCAACUGGCUUCAAGCAAUGGUAAAAAACGAAACCCUGCCAUUUUGGGUGCGGCUCUUCUUUUGGAAGCAGGUGGCGGAAAAAAUCCCACUACAGCCGAAACACUUCAGGAUUUUGAAUCCAGUUAUUAUCAAAGAGACUGCCUUUGACAUCCUUCAGUACUCGGAGCCCCAGUCAAGGUUCUGGGGCCGAGAUAAGAACGUGCCCACCAUUGGUGUCAUUGCUGUCGUCCUAGCCACGCACCUGUGUGAUGAAGUCAGCUUGGCAGGCUUUGGAUAUGACCUCAAUCAACCCAAAACACCUUUGCACUACUUUGACAAUCUCUGCAUGGCUGCCAUGAACUUUCAAACCAUGCAUAAUGUGACAACGGAGACCAGAUUCCUCGUCAGGCUGGUCAAAGAGGGUGUGGUGGAGGACCUCAGUGGAGGCAUCCAUUGUGAAUUCUGAGCACAAACAAACCUCAUCUGACAAUGCAGCUCCAACUCUGAAGGCUGGUUUUUCAGAGCCUUCUCCAUGACUGCAUCCUGCAAAUCCUUUGAAGUGCAGCCGGUGUUUUUAACUUUUAAUUUAAAAAACAUGAUAAACAAGUUUCACCCUUCCCACUCGGUCCCCACUAUUUAUUUGAGGUCAGUGUUUUUGCACAACAUUUUGUAAGAUAAUUUUGAGAACUGACUUGGAAAGACUUUUCAAAGAGACUUGUAUGUAAUGAUGUUUUAUUGUGUUUUAAGAACGUUAUUUAAUUUGUAAAAACUCUUGUCUGUGUCUACUGCACAUAGAAUACCAGGUAACUGAGUAGAAGGAGAAUGGAGGUCACUCCUUCCUUGAGAGCCCUGAAUGCCAGAUUCUGGUUCCCUGUCAGUUUGGUGGGACGCAUGUCUGAGGCGCUUCCGGGAUGACAUGCUCAGUAGCUAAACCAUGGGUACCAGGUCAGCUGUGCUGCUGCGUGAGGCCUGGGCAGGUUGGAGAAGUUCCCGGCCCCUCUCUGUUGGUCUGCCUUCUGCCAGAAGACUUGCUGCCGUCCACCAGAGGAUCUGUCCUAGCUGUCCCUGGCCAGAGAGGGACACAGAAGACAUUUUCUGCAUCUUCAGAAUAUACAAAGCCACCCUGGGCUGCAGAAGCCACUCUCUCCCCUGAAAUGAUGACAGCUCUUGAAUUUCCUGAGAGGUUUUUUGUUUUUGUUUUUGUUUUUUUUAAACUACCCUUCCAAAGCACUUAAAUGUUAAUCGGUGGCUUUAAAAUUUAGCACACAAUCUCUGUCCUCCAGAGUUGUAGAAGGGUAAACCCUUUCCAAGAAUAGUCACAUUUUCUGAAACACUGAAAUAAAAUCCUCCCAGUGUUAUAAAUUGCCUAUUAAAAAAAAAAAAAAAAAAAGUUUUUUUUUUAAAUUCCUACCUGGCAGUGUGUACCAGGUAGUGUGCAGGUCAAAAAAAAAAGAAAAGCUUUUGAGGAGCUCUCAUAGUCUACUUAAUUUGAGCACUUAAAAAAAAAAGAAAAGUCUAUAAUCUCCCCGAAAUGUCCUUGAAUGCUGCUAGGUGGAGACGUCAGUGGGGGAUGCUGGCAGGGAGCAACAGCGGAUGGUGCCUCAUCCUGCCAGGGGGCCACACCUCAGACAGUGGGUGAGGGACUCUUGGAGAGAUGUCAAGUGCCAGUGGCUUCCUCCCGGAACACAGGCUCGUUCUGGCUUCUGUCUUGGUCAUCUGAGGGUCAGCAGCUGCUUUGCUCCCUCCCUGCCCUGUCCAGUUCUUACCUGCAUUCACCGCUUCUGUGGUCCUGGUCCCCUGCAGCUCUGCUGUCUUUGGCAUCUGCGCCCCCCACCCCCCAGCACACACAGGGUGGGGAGCCGGUCACAGCACACACACAGGAGCCCUUGGAUCUCUGGGGCCCUGGGGUCAAGUACAGAGUCGCUGGCAUCACCAAAUAGUAUUUCUCUGGAUUGGUGACUUCACAUUUUCUAUGGAUUUUGCUUUCUCUUUUAUAAAAUACUGUUUCAAAGAAAAUGCUUGGAAAUGUUCGCCAGCUAAGUGACAGCAUUGAAACUUGAGACUUAGGAAGAUAGUCUAUGGCUGGCUGUGACUCAGGGAAGGCCAGCCCUUCCCUGCCCCAGCCCUCAGCUCCAGCCCCUCAUCCUUCAGGGGCUACAGAAACCUGA